GGAAAAACAGAGAGAGAAUUUAAGGAUCCUUGACAUGAUGGUAGAAAAGUGAUGAGCUUGGGAAAACUGACCCAUACAUAGCAAGGUUUACACUAAAUUCACCUGUUGAUCGGACAAUAAAACAAGGGAAUCUUGCCCUGAUCAGGGGAUGUUGCUGUGCUAGAUCACUGGGACAAAAGCAAUUGCCGUGAGUGGAGGAAAAGGUGAGGAAUGGUAAAUAUGAAGUCGGCCAAUGAAAGAUCGUAAGGGGGUAGAAGGAAGGGACAGGAAAAUGAGUGUUUUAAGUAACUUAAAAGUCGGAGAAGGUCCAUGAAGUGAUCGA